AGCCGAGGUGGCGGAGAGCCGAGGGUUGGGAGUUGGAGAGCAGCGGCUGCGAGGAGUGCUUGGCGGUUCUGUGGCUCCGCGGGACGGCCGGGCGUCUGCGCGGCUCUCCCGAGCCGGCGUGCGGCUGCAGCUUCCCGCCUGACCAGCUUCCCUGCGAGGCAGGCUUGACCCCACAUUCGCCAGCCAAGUCCGUCCCUCGGCAACAACUUGGCUGCACUCUGAACUCUGGCCCCUCAGGUUUCGUCUGGAAGCCUGGGGUUGUCUGGAAUCAACUCUGGGGAAAGAAGCUGCUCCCAGCACGUGGACAAACAGGCUGAGGAAUUUGCUGUGCAUUGGGACUGUCUGCUGUGAAGACGUUACCCAAGUGCCAGCAAAUCUGACCCAGGAGGCCUAGAAAGAGCAGACCUUUUGGUUGUGGAGGGGUGGUCUUGUCCAGCUCAGUUUUCCUUCAACACCUGGGACCUGAGACAGACGUGGGGUGGACUUGGCCCCCUCCUGCAGACCCAUGGCUCACCGGCUACAGAUACGACUGCUGACGUGGGACGUGAAGGACACACUGCUCAGCCUCCGCCGCCCGGUGGGGGAGGAAUAUGCCACCACAGCCCGGGCCCAUGGGCUGGAGGUAGAGGCCGCGGCCCUGGGUAAAGCCUUUGGGCAGGCAUACAGGGCUCAGAGCCACAGCUUCCCCAACUAUGGCCUGAGCCACGGCCUCACCUCCCGCCGUUGGUGGCUGGAUGUGGUCCUGCAGACCUUCCACCUAGCAGGUGUUCGGGAUGCCCAGGCUAUGGCCCCCAUCGCUGACCAGCUAUACAAGGACUUCAGCAGCCCCUGCAACUGGCAGGUGUUGGAGGGGGCUGAGUCCACCCUGAGGGGGUGCCGGAAACGAGGUCUGAGGCUGGCAGUGGUCUCCAACUUUGAUCGGCGACUAGAGGACAUCCUGGUGGGUCUUGGCCUGCGGGAACACUUCGACUUUGUGCUGACCUCUGAGGCUGCUGGCUGGCCCAAGCCGGACUCCCGAAUUUUCCACGAGGCCUUGCGGCUUGCUCAGGUGGAACCGGCCAUAGCAGCCCAUAUUGGGGACAGUUACCACUGUGAUUACAAGGGGGCACGAGCUGUAGGCAUGCACAGCUUCCUGGUGGCUGGCCCGGGGCCUUUGGACCCUGCGAUCAUGGAUUCUGUACCCCAAGAACACAUCCUCCCCUCACUGUCCCACCUGCUGCCGGCCCUUGUCCGCCUGGAGGGCUCCCUUCCAGGGCUUUGAGUCUGGGGAGGGAAGUGGCUACACCCAACACACACUGGAGACGGGGAGCCUCUUCCUUCCUGAGAUCUGGCCUUGCCCUUCUCCCUGGAGCCUCCGUAACACAUUCUGACUAUAAAGCAGUGAGUGGGGCUUUCAGCCCUGUCCCAACCAGCUCCUGAUCACCUAAUUGGUUCAUUCAUCACAGCUGUGUUCCUCUUCCGCCUCACCUCCGACAGGACUCAGUGAAGGCCCAACUAGCUUCAAAACCAGGCUCUUGCAAACUUUGUCUUAGCAGCAGGACCCUUUUGUCAUGGAAGAUCUUACAUGGAACCCCAACAUGCAAAACAGGAAUAAACGAGAAACUGCUAGCGUUGAAGCAGAGGUUCUAGAGCCCCUCAGUCAGGCCCUGAAGCCUCUACACUCGUCUCCUGGAAGCCUGAGGUCAGAGGAGCUUACUUUGGGAAUCAGCAUCCUAAGCUGUGUAGGGACAUAUCCUCAAGGACCAUAUAAAGAGAUUGUAGACAAGGAACACGUAAUUACAGCCCUGAGCAGAAACUUGAUUUAUGUCUGCUGUGUGUUAGGUACUCUGCUAAGGCUUUUCUAUGCAUAUAUAACCCUCAAGCUACUUAGUGGGCCUAGAUAGUGUGACCUGCACUGUACAAAUGAGGAAAGGGAGUCAGACGUUAAGUGGCCCGCCUGAGGUCACAGCUAGUACAUGAGGGAGCCAGGGUGCCAGUUUAGGCGUGUCUGACUCCAAAGCCCAUUGGGGUGACCGCUGGGUUGCAAGAAGGAAGGGGUCCAUGUCACAAGAUGCACAGUGGAGAUCCUGGGAGAACAGGGAAGGUAUCCUAAAGGAUGUCAGUCUUGACAGGCACCCCAGUCAUAGGGGUUAGCGUGGGAGCAGGAAAGGACAGGGAACAGGCUGGAGCUCUAAGUGGCCGGGGUGUAGGGACCAUAGGGGGAGUCACUGAGAUUGAAGUAGUAGGCUGGUUUUUAAAAUUCCAUGUCUUCCUGCCUCUCCCUGCUGUAACCACCUCUCUACUUGGUGUUGACUGGACACCUCUUGCCUUGCCAUAAAACCACAGGUGGGAAGCACAUUGGCAGGCACAUACAGUGUAUGCUGUGGUGCCAACAGACAGGGAGGGCUCUGGUGUGGACCCUGAGCUGGGGAGUGGCAUUUAGAUGAGCAGAGGGAUAAGGGGCAUUCCUGGCAGCAGGUACAUGAGCCGAGGACUGAAGGCUGCUGGGGGAGUUAGUUAGACUGGUGGUUUGAGGAGCACGGCAUGGGGCCUUCAGGUGCCAAAUACAAGAGCUUGGCUUUGACCCAGGUGUUUAGGCAGAGGCUGCACCCAGGUAAGGGCAGGGGAGCUCUUCUCAGACUCUUCUGGGUCUGUCUGCCUUGGGCUUGGUGCCAAGGCCAGGCAACCGAAGAUUGAUUCCCAAGUGUCAGGCAAUGAGGAUACGGGUCAUGAGCUGUGGUCUCAGAGCUGAGCUGCAAGGGCCUCAGAAAUCAUCUCAACCAAAACAGUUGCCAAUAGGUCUGUAGACUGGAUUUGAUUCACCUAGGGAUUCAAGUAAAUUAAUGAGCAAACUUAAGAGUGAGGAGGGCUCUAGGCCCCCUCUUUGGGCCCAGGAGCCUGAAGUUGUAGGGAAGGUUGCCUUUGAACUGUGUUCCCAGAUGAAAUAAAAAUAUGAGGACCACUGUUCUAGUGUGACCUCCUUAGACAACAGGAAGGGACCUGCCCUUGGUCCCAACAAGGCAGGGCACAGAACGCUGUCUCCAGGCUCCUUCGGCUAUGGAUGCUGAGCUGCCACCCACUUAUUUCUGGGACUGUGGAGAAGAGUGAGGAAGACAUCAGUUUCCCAGCAAAUGCACGUCUAAGAUCUGAGCUGGCACUUGGGGGAUUUGCCCAAUUACCAACAAAGGAUAUGGAAGAAACUGUUCAAUCUUUUAAAACCUUUAAUAAUGUACAUACAUGUUCUCU